CCUAUGUGGGUUCUGAUUGGUAGAGACAGCUCAUUAAUCCCUUUUCCCUAGCCAAGUACUCCGUAUAAAAAUACUGUAUUCUGAUUUCUGGACUUGAUCAUCAUCCCAAAGUUCCCACGCAACCCACCCACGCCCCAAGUUCAGCAGUUUUAGCGCGUGUGCGCGUGAGCACAAAGCAAAACAUAUAAUCGAAACAAGUCAAAGAUUCGGGAUUGAGGAGUAGUUCGGAGCUUCACAUGGCUUACGUCGAGAGAGGUGUUGUCAAACCAAAGCGAUCAAUAUGGCGUUUGAAAACAAUCACUGAUUUCUUUAGGGCAAUCGUCAACUUUAUUCGCAUGUUUAUUGUUACUAUGUUUUCGAUGGAAAAAACUGAUGAUUAUAAGAAGGGGACUGGAUCUAGCAAGAAGUGGGACGGUGGUGGCCCUGGAGGUCCCGGCCCAUAUGGAUCUGGUCCACGUGGGGGACCGCCUCGUGGAUUAGAUAACGUCAGAGGCAUUGACCACAGUUCCCUCCCUGCCUGCGGCUCCUGCUGUGGUGGUUAAGCUCUAGGGACUAGGGAGAUACAAAACAUGGAGUGCAUACCCUUGAAAACGACAAAAGCAUUUCAUUGUAUAUGUAAAACAUAUAUUUCAAACAAACGUGUGCUGUUGUGAAUACUUGAAGUCCUUAUUUAUCACAUUUCUUACAAAUACCGAUGUCAUUGAUUUGGGCAUUGCUGAAUGUAUUCUAAUUUCUACCUCUCAUUGGCUUUAGACUUUAGAGUGUCAGUUAACUGUUUCCUUGUUUGAGUAGAGUAGGGCUUCUUCCAUUUUUGUGCCUCCAUGAUUCAGAAUCAUUU